GUUCGUGUGCUAUAUUAUGACCCGACACUUCCUCAAUUACAACAUAACGGUAUUGCUAGAAUCAUAUAGUAGAGAAGCAGCAACAGCAGAAAAAAAAAAAAAAAUUGGUGAGAAAAAAACGAGGAGGAGAGAAUUAAGUGGUAAUAAAUAAUAAUGGCGGUGAUAGUGGAGGAAUUGAGGGAGGAGGAGAAGCUGCGGCUGGUGUCGCCGGCGUUCGCGGAGGGGGGGAGGCUGCCGCGGCACUACACGGGGGAGGGGCAGGGGGCGAAGCGGGACGUGUCGCCGCCGCUGGAGUGGUACGGGGUGCCGGAGGGGACGAAGUCGCUGGCGCUGGUGGUGGAGGACAUCGACGAGCCGCAGGAGAAGUCGACGCCGAUCGUGCCGUGGACACACUGGGUGCUGGUCAACAUACCCCCCGACGUCCGCCGCAUCCCCGAGGGCUUCUCCGGCAAGGAGGAGGACCUCGGCGGCGAGUACGCCCGCAUCAAGGAGGGCCACAACGACUGGAAGGUCCCCGGCUACCGCGGCCCCAUUCCCACCCACCACGGCCACCGCAUCCGCUUCCGCCUCUUUGCCCUCGACGACGAGAUGCACCUCGGCAACAAGGUUACGAAGGAGAAGCUUUUGGAUGCAAUUCAGGGACAUGUUCUGGAAGAAGCUGAAUUGGUGGCCAUAUACUGAUCAUGACGAAGAGCUUCUUGCUGCAGCUUUAUCAACAACGAAGAGUUUCUUAAUUUUCCCUCUGUUGUGAACUCACUCGCGCUUGUGUAAAAAAACUAAGUCCCAACUUAAUAAGAAGCUGUUGUUUGAAUAUGUA